AUGAAGACCACGACCCAACGCGUCUUCGCUGACCUAUCCCAACGCCCAGUACUCAAGCACAUCCUCCUCGCAGCGAUCAACGACCUGCGGCAGCUGUACUCGACCUGUCGCAACCUCCGUGACUACAUGAACGACGACCCCUUCUUCCGCAGCAUCUGUGAGAACCUAACAUACAGUGUCCCCCCAAUUCGUCACUCGCUCGACGGCGACCUGCCCAACAAGCGCACGGAUCCCCGCCCGCUAGCAUACAACGAGAGCUUCAGGCGCGAGGAGUCGCUCCAGGUCGGCGUGCCCGUCCUCACGCGCUGCGUGCACCCCGAGGGACAAGUUCUCGACGUGCGCGACGGGUACAUGGUCACCAAGUCGAGCGCCGGGACGGGGUGGACGCUGUGGGCCCUUCCUCUGGCACACGAAGUGAGGAAGACGUACAUGAAGAACCGGGACGAGGCCAAGUUUCCCUCCCCCGCUGAGGACACGAUCCCGCUGCAAGACAUUCAACUUCCACCCCGCCCCAAGGGAGCAGCGGAACAGCAGCGCAUGUGGACCUGGGAGUUUGAGUGGUCCGCAAGGUUCGCUGCAUUGGCCAUCUAUCCUGAGGACAACCUCGCCGCCGUCGCUGCCCAGUCAGUCAUUGUUCCCUACGCCGGCAAGAGAAACACGCCACUCCAAACCGGACGUGCUCACCGAGUCUACUUCUACCAGCUCCGUCCCUAUGGUCUAGAAAAUGUCAAGACCAAGGCCAAGGUCGCAUCGCCGACAGCCUUGGAGCCACACCCCCGAGCCAGACUGCCCUACCUCGAGUUCAUCCUUCCGUAUCAGAUGGGCGAGCCUGACGUCUCAUACACUCUGAAGAUCGGCCCUAAUGGCCUCGUGGGACUUCUCGUGAAGCGUGAAGAGUCAAGAUCCUGCGUAACCGGCCCGCUCAUCGUCUUCAAUUACAUUCGUGGCCACUGUGUUGCGGUCAUCGGCCUCGACCCCAGCGACUCUCGCAUUAUCGACUUUGACUUCUUCAGUGCCAAGCACAUUGUUCUUCUCAAGGUCUGCCCACUGUCCGACGCCGAGCGCGCAACGUACCAACAUUCGCCAACCGUUGCGCUGCUCAGCGCAAGCCUGGUGCUCAUCCGGAUAUGCCCCAACAUCGGCCAUGCCCUCAACGUUUCGCAGCUCCAACGCCCUACUGGUGGGCAGGGUGCGGUUGAGACUCUCACCCAUCCUCCAGGGACAUGGACUGAGUGCGAGUGCUACGCCAAGUCUCCCAAGGGGGUUGUGGCUCUCGAGCUUCCUCCCCUGUCCGACAACAAGACUCCGAGGGACCAAGCCCUUCAGAUGCUCAAGACUGUCUCCGGUACCGUCUCCAUCAACCCUCCAUUGUCACUGGGCUAUCUCGGAAGCAUGGUAUCCUAUGCCCUCUAUCCGCACGGUAUCGCCCAAGAGUCCCCACGUCCGGCUCUCCGGGGCAGGAUCAAUGCGGCUCUCUUCAUCGAUCGCGUUCCCAUGAGCACUCGCCGCAUGGCCGUCGAGGCGGCAAUGCGCCAGUGGCGCAAGCAACUCGACCAGUCGAAUACUCACGACACUGAGGACCCUCUUGGCCAGGAGUUUGACGACCUUCUUUGCCUCAUGGUUGUCGGCCAUCAAGGGUCGUUCAAGGAGUCCAAGUCCAACGGUGAAGUCUGGAGACUACACUUCUACCACGAGAUCGAGUUCCCAUACCCCCUCAAGGUCUUUACAAGCAUUAUCGAGUUUUGCAAGUCGAUGGAGGAUCAGGGGAUCCUUGCCAAGCUCAUCGAUGAGCUCCGAAACAAAGGCGCGGAUAUCAACAAGAUCCCCGACCGACCCUUCACGCGCCUCCUCGAAGUCAUCGAGAGCAGCGGUGGGAUGCAAGUCCAGGCAAAGAAGUUUGCCCAGCUUCUCGGUCCUCCGCUCCGACCCAUGCAGGGCAUGGUCCCUGAUGUGCGCGAGGAAUGGCAAAACUUUGCGGACAUGCAGUCGACAUGGAUGGUAGCGACGGCCACGCACGGUCCUCGAGCCAUCGAUAUCGAGCCAUUCAACAACGAGAGCCAUCCACCGCCCAAGACUCUUCCUCCCGACGACAAGAAUGACAAGAAGAUCCGCCACUCAAACUUCCUCGUCAAGACGUACGCCGGGGGGCUGUACUUUCCUGGUGUUCAUCUCCUCAGUGGCGUCGAACUGAACCCGCUUCGUCGCAGGUGUGCCCCCGAGUGCAAGGUUCACCACACCCCGAUGUUGGUGCUACCGAUAGCCACUCGCCGAGUCUGUUGCUCUACUGCUCGCCGCACGGGUCGCGGGUUCCCGUCCUCCAACAUCGCCCCCCACACCCCAACCUUCAGCAACGACGUCAUCUCGACGCCGUAUCCGGUAGCUCGCGACCUCGACGGCAAGCCGAUCCCAGACAAGGUUCUUACCCAGCCGCAGGCGCUUGCAUACUGUGAAGCCCAGUCGGUGCUGGUCUGCGACCAAGACUCGAUCAAGGAGGCGUACUUUGACGGACAGUCACUUGUCCUUGCCCAGGUGAGCUUCUGA